AUGAGCCCAGGAGUUUUCCUCCUCCUGGGCCUCCUCAUCCUCAGGGCAGAGCCGAGCGUGACACCAGAGAAGGGUGGGGACUCCCAGAAACCGGGGAAGUGUCCACGGGACUUCAUGCGCUGCUUGCGCCUGGAGUCCCCACUCUGUGCCAAUGACUCCAGCUGCCCUGCUGGGCUCAAGUGCUGCCACUGGGAGUGCCGGCUCCGCUGCAUCCCCCCGGCAGAAGAGAAGCCCGGUGCCUGCCCGGCAGCAGCCCCCGAGGGGCUCGUUGCCCCCUGCUCCUUCCCCUGCCUGGAGGACAAGGACUGCCUGGGAGCGCAGAAGUGCUGCCCGCUGGGCUGCGGCUCUGCCUGCCUGGAGCCGGCGCAGGACCAGCCCAAGCCCAGCCAGGGCCCCACGGUGCAGCCAGGACCAUUCCGGGAGCGGUGCCGAGGUGACGGUGACUGCCCCGACGCGCAGAAAUGCUGCAACAGCAGCUGCGGCCACCGGUGCCUGCCGGGAGUGCCGGCCGAGGACACCAGCCCUGUCCCAGUGACUCAAAGGUCACUGCAGCACCAGUGGGGAUGCCUCAAGGACGAGGACUGUCCCCCGUUCCACGUGUGCUGUCACCAGCUGUGCACCAGGCACUGUGUGGCCAACAGGCAAGGGAAGGAUGGAUUCUGCCCAGUCCGUGCUGGGCUGUUCCCCAGUUACGACUGCAGAGCCUGGUGCUGGCACGAUGGCGAGUGUCCUCGCGAGGAGAAGUGCUGCCUCCGUGGCUGCGACUACGUCUGCCUGCCCCCAUCCCAAGAGAAACCAGGCAUCUGCCCACUGGCUGAGGAGGCUCCGCUGGCCCCGUGUGGCACCCCCUGCACCAAGGACUGGCAGUGCCCGGGCGCUGAGAAGUGCUGCAGCAGCAGCAGAUGUGGCAGCGUGUGCUCAGCCCCGGAACCAGAAAAACCCGGUGAGUGCCCAAAGGUGAGGCCACAACACGCAUCGGAGCCGUGCACGGAGAUGGACUCCUGCACCCACGACAGGGACUGCUCCCGGCAGGAGAAGUGCUGCUUCUCUGGCUGCGCCAUGCGCUGCACCCGCCCUGCCCAAGAGCACCCCGGGGAGUGCCCCCGGGCAGGGCCGUGCUGGGACCUGCGGCGGCGGCAGCGCGGGAGCCAGUGCCUGGAUGACAGCGUCUGCCGGCGAGAGGAGAAGUGCUGUGACACCGGCUGCGGCCGGGAGUGCGUCGCCGUGCCCAGAGGCAGCGGGGACAAAGCUGAUGGCCGGUGUGUGGAGGAGUGCCAGGCUGAUUCACAGUGUCCCCGCGGGCAGAGGUGCACCAGCAUUGGCUGUGGCCACAUCUGCAUGGACAUCCCUGGAGAGCAGGACACUGUGGCUGUGCCCCAGCCGAGGGCUGAGCAGUGCUCGGAGGAGUGCGAGGCCGACUCACAGUGUCCCUGGGGACAGAGGUGCACCCGCACCUCCUGCGGCCGUGUCUGCGUGGACACUCCUGGAGGUGAGGCACGGGACACCCAGUGUUGCCCCAGGAGAUGCAGAGAUGGAGUGUGCCCCGUGCCUGGGGGCGGUGGGACCUGCCUGGACCUGUGCAGCCUCGAUGAGGAAUGUCCCUGGGGCCACAAGUGCUGCAGCAACGGCUGUGGCCACGUCUGCACGAGGGUGUCUGGUGGUAAGGAGGCCGAUGGCCACCAUGAAGGGGGCCAGCACCAGGGCUAA